CUGCCCCAUAGCUCCCUGCCCCCCAGGAUCCUGGGGCUCUGUAACAACCUCCCCUAUGUGCUGAUGCUGAGCGCGGCGCGGGACAUCGUGGAGCUCCAGCAGGGGGCGCCGGUGCCCCAUAGCAACAGCUCUCGCUAUGACUGCAACCAGCUCUCGACUGGGGCCGUGCUCCUCGCCGACGUCCUCCCCUCGCUGCUCAUGAAGCUCCUGGCGCCGCUCGCACCCCAUUGGCUGAGCUGCGACCGUCUCAUUGGCCAGCGCCGCCUCGGGGCUGGGGGAGGUGACGCUGGUGACCUUGGCUUCCGCCUACCCCACGGCCGCUCUAUGGGGCUGGGCCUCGGGCACGGGCGCCGCGGGGCUCUGGGGGUCGCUGUGGGGCGGGGCGGGGCUGGGGGCGGGGCUUGGCCUCUCCCGGGCCCUGCUGCCCGCGGCCGCGCUGCCAAUGGGGACGGCGCUGAGGGCGCGCUGCCGGACGCGUUCCCAUUGGCUGUCGUUUACUUGGCGGAGUACUUCAUUAACCAGGGGGUGCUGGACCUCUUGUACUUCCCCACAUCCUCCCUGACCCACAACGAGCAGUACCGGUGGGCCCAGCUCCUUUACCAGGUCGGGGUCUUCGCCUCCCGCUCCGGCUUCCGCUUCCUCCGCCUGCGCCAGAUCUGGGGCCUGAUGGGGCUGCAGGUGCUGAACGCCGCUCUCCUAUUGGCUGCCGUCCUGGCGCCCUUCCUGCCCUCGGUGGGCGUGGCCUUCGCCCUCGUGCUGUGGGAGGGGCUUGUGGGGGGCGCGGCCUACGGGGGCGCCUUCCUAUUGGUGGGGCAGCGGGCGCCCCCUGGGGGGCGUGGCCUGGCCGUGGCCGUGACGUCACUGGGGCAGUCGCUGGGCGUGGCCUUGGCCGGGGUCGCGGCCAUGGGGCUGCACAAGGGGCUCUGUUCCCCAUAGCGGGGCCCAUAGGGACCCAUAGGGACCCUAUAGAGACCCCAUAGAGCCCCAUAGGGACCCAUAGAGACCCAUAGGGACCCAUAGGGACCCCAUAGAGCCCCAUAGGGACCCAUAGGAACCCCAUAGAGACACAUAGGGACCCCAUAGAGACCCCUAGGAACCCAUAGAGAUCCCAUAG